ACUCGGAACACUCAAUAAUCUGGCCGCUGUUUGGACUGGACAUCUCCAAAAUCCCGCAGAAACUACCUUGUGCACUUCUGCAGAAACAAACCACGUUGCUUUUCUCGGCAGGUAUCCAGACACGGAGCUCGACUGACUCGCAGCCAUGAGCUUCUUCGGUUUCGGCCAGAGUGCGGACAUCGAUAUAGUUCUGAAUGACGCCGAAACGAGAAAGAAAACUGAGCAUAAAAGCGAAGACGGCAGGAAGGACAAAUAUUUCCUCUUCUACGAUGGGGAGACGGUGUCGGGGAAAGUGAACGUAACUCUCAAAUACCCGGGCAAGAGGCUGGAGCACAACGGCAUCAAGAUAGAGUUUAUCGGGCAGAUAGAGCUGUACUACGACAGAGGAAACCACCAUGAGUUUGUGUCUCUUGUGAAAGACUUGGCUCGUCCGGGGGAGCUCACACAAUCGCAGACGUUUGACUUCGAGUUCACGCAUGUGGAGAAACCCUACGAGUCUUACACUGGACAGAACGUCAAGUUACGCUACUUUUUGAGAGCGACAGUGAGCCGAAGACUGAAUGACAUCAGCAAAGAGCUGGACAUUGUUGUUCACACACUCAGCACCUACCCUGAACUCAACUCCUCCAUCAAGAUGGAAGUGGGCAUCGAGGACUGUCUACACAUAGAGUUUGAGUACAAUAAGUCCAAGUAUCACCUAAAAGAUGUGAUUGUGGGGAAGAUUUAUUUUCUGCUGGUUAGAAUUAAGAUCAAACAUAUGGAGAUUGAUAUCAUCAAGCGGGAGACGACCGGGACGGGUCCAAACGUGUACCACGAGAACGACACCAUAGCAAAGUAUGAAAUCAUGGACGGUGCUCCAGUCAGAGGAGAGUCCAUCCCCAUCAGGCUGUUUCUAGCCGGCUAUGAGAUGACGCCCACCAUGAGGGACAUUAACAAGAAGUUCUCUGUGCGCUACUACCUCAACCUGGUCCUCAUAGAUGAGGAGGAACGGCGCUAUUUUAAACAGCAGGAGAUCACUCUGUGGAGAAAAGGUGACAUCGUGAGGAAGAGCAUGUCCCACCAAGCAGCCAUCGCCUCCCAGCGCUUCGAAGGAACCUCCAAUCCAGAGAAGGCCCUGACCCCGACUAAUGAAGAAAACAGCUAAAGUCCACCAUGCACUUCAUCCCAGUUUAGUGAGAGCGUGUGUUUGUUUGUGCGUUUGUUGUGUACUCACUUGUGGUGAGGACAGAACAGCACUCGUCAGCAAAUUCUGAAUGUGAAGAUACUUUGUUUGCAGGUAGAAGUUGCUGCAGUGUUUUUCAGGUGUGAGAGAGGCUGUGGAAUCUGACUGUGUGUUGUGUGUGUGUGUGUGUGUGUGUGUG